AGAGCUGUAAAUGCCUUAUUGAGAAUGUUUUGAUUAGAUGCAGGGUUGGCUUUUUAGAAAAUUUUAGGACAACCAAGGGAUAGAACAUAGCUUAAAAUGCUGGAAACAGCUGGUAAAAGUUUGAGAGAAGUAGAUAAUGUACGAGUAGCUGUAAGAUGUCGCCCUUUAAAUGAAAAAGAAAAAGCAAGCAAUUGUAUAAAUGUUGUUAAGGUUGAUUCUGUGCAAGGGACAUUCACUGUAAAAAAUGAGAAUGCAGCCCAAGGAGAACCACCGAAAACUUAUACAUUUGAUAUUGUAUUUGGACAGGAUUGUAAACAAUUGGAUGUGUAUAAUGUGAUAGCAAGACCUGUUGUUGAUUGUGUUCUAGAAGGUUUUAAUGGUACAAUCUUUGCUUAUGGCCAGACAGGAACGGGUAAAACUUUCACUAUGGAAGGUGUAAGAGCUGUACCAGAACUUAGAGGGAUCAUUCCAAAUUCUUUUGCUCAUAUAUUUGGAGCUAUUGCGAAAGCUGAAGGAGACAUCAGGUUUCUAGUACGGGUAUCAUAUUUAGAAAUUUAUAAUGAAGAAGUCCGAGAUUUAUUAGGAAAAGACCAAACACAAAGAUUAGAGGUAAAAGAGAGACCAGAUGUAGGCGUUUAUGUUAAAGAUUUAUCAGCAUUUGUUGUUAAUAAUGCUGAUGAUAUGGAUAGAAUAAUGACACUAGGAAACAAAAACCGACAUGUUGGAGCAACUAAUAUGAAUCAGACUAGUUCUAGGUCACAUGCUAUAUUUUCUGUAACUAUUGAAUGUAGUGAGAAAGGUGCAGACGGACAGCAACAUGUCCGUGUUGGAAAACUUCAUCUUGUUGAUUUAGCUGGUUCCGAACGUCAAGCUAAAACUGGUGCAUCAGGUAUGAGAUUAAAGGAAGCAACAAAGAUUAACUUAUCACUGUCAACACUGGGCAAUGUUAUAUCAGCUUUAGUGGAUGGUAAAAGUAGCCAUAUUCCCUACAGAAACUCAAAAUUAACCCGAUUAUUACAAGAUUCCUUAGGUGGCAACUCUAAAACAGUUAUGAUUGCUAAUAUAGGUCCUGCUGACUAUAACUAUGAUGAAUCUAUCAGUACAUUGCGAUACGCUAACCGUGCAAAAAGUAUCAAGAAUAAAGCUAAGAUUAAUGAAGAUCCUAAAGAUGCUUUAUUAAGACAAUUUCAAAAAGAAAUAGAUGAGUUGAAAAAACAACUAGAAGAUGGUGUAUCUGGUAGUGAAGGUGAAUCAGAAGAAGAGAGUGAAGAAGAAGAAAUAGGAGCGGAUGGAGUUGUUAGAAAAAAGAGACGAAGAAGUAAAUAUUCUUUCAUCGUUUCUUUCAAAUCAAAAGGCAUAUGA